AUGAAGUGGGUCUAUCACUCAAACUUCAACGCAGACGAGAGCCAAUACCGUGCUAUUGGUAACUUCCCAAUCUUGCCAAUCAAGACCAACCACAAGGGACCAGCUCCAAAGGCGGAUCCAAACUCAGUUGAUUGCAUUGAUGAGGCUUUGGACUUCUUCAAGGCCAACAUCUUGUUCCGCAACUUUGAGGUCCAAGGAAACGGAGAUCGUGUCCUGAUCUACCUCACUCUGUACAUCACCAAAUGUCUUCUUAAGAUCGCCAACCUCAGCAAGGCCGACGCCGAGAAGCAACUCUUCACCAUGGCUCAGGAGCAAUUCUCUGUCCCAGGUGAGGCUGCCUUCCCACUUGGAGGUUUGGUUGUCAUUCCAAACACCCGUGAUGCCGCCGAUACUAUGCGUCAAGCAUUGACUCAGUUGAGACUUGAGUGUGGUGUUCGUCUUGUCCAGAGAUGCUACACCGAGCCAGCCAGACCAAACAAGUGGUGGAUCUGUUUCUCCAAGAGAAAGUUCUUGGGCAAGGCUCUCUAA